AUGGAGACACGACAGACAAUUAAUAAAUAUGACAGUGAAGAUAAGGAAAAAAGAAAUUUAAAUGAAUUAGUAAAAAACGAGGCACCAAAUAAGCGUAGCAGCAACCGAAAAGAGUUGAAAAGAAACAGUAUGGACACCGAUGACAAGUGUACUGGUUGCAGGUAUAGGCCUAGACCUACGAAUCUGCAAAAGGAAAGCUCAUCCAGUGACAAUGAUUUUGAGCACUCUUUUGUAAGUGAUCUUAAAGCAUGGGGAGUCACAAUUGGCAAAACAAUUGGCGAAGGAUCGUAUUCUAAAGUUAAGAAGGUUUUUAUAAACAGUCUUAAUGCAUCAGCUGCCAUGAAAAUCGUCAGUCGCGAAAAAGUUAAGAAAGAUUUCCUGAAAAAAUUCUUUCCACGCGAAGUACACAUUCUAAAGAAAUUGAACCAUCCGAAUAUUACGAAAUUGCUGGAUAUUAUUUAUUGCCGAGAUAGAAUAUGUCUGGUCAUGGAGUUGGCUCGACGUGGAGACCUUCUAAGAUACAUACAGAAACGGGUUUAUAUUAAAGAGCAGCAAGCAAAGAUCAUAUUUCGUCAGAUUCUACUUGCUGUUCAGUACUUACACACAAAUGGGAUAUUUCAUAGAGAUCUUAAAUGUGAAAAUGUAUUGCUAGAUGAUAACCUUGUGGUGAAAAUAAGUGAUUUUGGAUUUGCACGAGAAUGGAGCGAUGCCAAUAGACUUUGUAAAACGUUCUGUGGAAGUUCGGCGUACGCGUCUCCUGAAGUAAUAAGAGGAAUUCCCUAUGACCCACACGACAGUGACAUCUGGAGUAUAGGUGUCGUUCUUUUCAUUAUGACCACUGGUUCAAUGGCGUACGAUGACAGAGACCUCAAUAAAAUGCUGAAAUUAAUGGACGCAGAAGAAAUUCCAUUUCUGAAAGAACAUCCAAAUUUCCUUUCAAGUGAUGCUGUGAACUUAAUCAAACAAAUACUUCGAAAAGAACCUAAAGAAAGGGCAACCAUCAACCAAAUGCUCAACCACGCAUGGACCCAGUGCAGUGAAGAACCCACCGACAAAAGUUGA